AUAGUUAUUACCAAAUGAGCUAAAGAGAUAAAAAAAGAACGCGUGUGGUGUCAUUGGCGGUCUCACCCUCUCACAAACACAAAACAUCCGAACUCCGAUACAUCCAACGAAUUAAGUAACAGGAUAAGCGAUAUGCCUUGAAUUUCUCAGUCCUGCAUGACUCAUGUGCUCCCCAGAGUACAAACCCUAACCCGCAAAAAUUCACUGAAGAAAAGAAAGAUCAAACUCUCCAAAAAUCCGUUCUUUGAAUCUCCAUGGAAGUUGCUUUUCAACCUUCCCCUGCAAUUAUUUGUCAAAGGCAAUCGAGGUUUCCGUCAAAGUCAUCUUUGUUGCCGCUGUUUGCUUAUAAGGGACUUUCUAUUGGGUGCUCUCCUCGCAGAUGGCCCAUUUCGAGAAAUUUAAGCCAUUCGGCUCAUCAUAGUGUUUUAUGCAUUCAAAGGAAACAUGGUAGCAUAUCGUGGUGUGACUUUGAUGCAAAAGAGGAGUUUGGAAGACCGCAUUGUAAUAUUAGAUUGCAUGACCAAAAUCGGUUGUCCAGGUAUACAGUUGUACAAUCUGCUGAAGCUGGAACCUGUGAUGCUGGCUAUCCAUUACCAGAAGUAAGUAUGGUCUCAAGAGUUAGGGGAAUUGGCUUUUGUGCCAUUACUGCUUUCAAUGCCAUUUAUCUCUUUGUGCUGAUGCUGAUAGUCCAUCCUCUUGUGCUGUUAUUGGAUCGAUACAAAAGAAAAGCUCAUAUUUUUAUUGCCAAAAUUUGGGCCACUGCUACGAUUACACCAUUUGUUAGGAUAAAGUACGAGGGACUGGAGAAUUUGCCUCCGCCUGAUGCUCCUGCUGUGUAUGUUUCCAACCACCAGAGCUUUUUAGACAUCUAUGUUCUUUUCACAAUUGGGAGACCCUUUAAGUUUAUCAGCAAGACCAGCAUAUUUCUCUAUCCCAUUAUUGGGUGGGCCAUGUUUCUGAUGGGUGUAAUUCCUUUAAAGCGCAUGGACAGAAAAAGCCAAUUGGUAUGCCAAUUCCUUUGAAUGCUUAAGAGUUGCGUAGAUCUUAUCAAGAAGGGGGCCUCUGUCUUUUUCUUCCCUGAGGGAACACGCAGCAAAGAUGGAAAAUUAGGUGCUUUCAAGAGAGGGGCCUUCAGUCUUGCAGCAAAAACCAAGGUACCAGUAGUUCCAAUUACCCUUAUAGGAACCGGAAGGAUCAUGCCUCCGGGAAGGGAGACUAUCUUGAAUACUGGAGCUGUUAAAGUUGUUAUUCAUAAACCUAUAGAAGGAAAUGAUACAGAAGUACUGUGUAGGGAAAGCAGAAACAUAAUCGCUAGUGCACUUGAUCAUCAAGGCUGAGCUGUCUACUGCCAUUUGUUCUGUUUGGUUUCUAUGAUUUGAUACUUGGUUCUUUUCGGUGGGAGUGAAGAAAUAUAGUCAGAAAGGUUGUGGAUAGCUGAUGAUACAGGGCAACAAAAUCAAAGCUGAAUCUGAGUUAUCGUGCUUUUAACGUCUCAUUGCCUGAGGCUGUCCGUCCCAUUCCCAUACUUUCAAACUUGCAAGCGCCGCCUACGGCAAACGUCUUCAUCCCAGUAGACACACAGAAGCGGACGCUUGGCCGGACCCCAGGUUCCGGGAGUUUUUGACCAGCGUCGCCUUCAACUGUUUAGAUAAUAAAAUGGAGACGAAGGCCAUUUUUGUUUUGAUCGUUGUUUUUUGUUUAUUUUUUUUUGAAGAGAAAUAUCCUCUUCCCACGUUGAAAAUCUCAGAUGCCGAUCCUUUGAGCUGGUUAUAAAUUAAUUUUUAUGGUAA